AUCCGUACAACGUGACUUAUUAUCAAUAUGUUUUUUUUCCGUGUUUCUUGCAACAUUGUACUCCGUGAUUGAUGGAUAGAUGUGGGUGACCCUGCCUUGACUACGAUGCGACCAUUGUCAUUCGUGGGUCGUUGCGGUUCAUCAUGUCCCUUGGAGAGCAUAUCCAAAACAGAGAUACGCAUCACCCCAGCGCCGCGGCAUCAACAUCCAACGAAAUGACGACGUCAAGCUCCAUUUCAACGCCAAAGGGUGAUCCGUACCCGGUCGCUGAUCUUCCGCCGGGCACAACGAUGCGCCUCAACAUCGUCAUCCUCUUCAUGGGCUCGCGCGGCGACCUCCAGCCCUCCCUGGCCGUCGCCAAGCUCCUGCAGCGCCGGCACGGCCACCGCGUCCGCAUCGCGAGCCACCCGCCGUACCGCGCCGCCGUCGAGGCCGCGGGGGUCGGGUUCUACGGGAUCGGCAGGACUGACAUCAAGACCAUGAUGGAGAGGCGGUUGCUUCCGCGGAAGGAGCUGAGUGCGCUUGUGCCGGUGAUCCGGGAGGAGUUUCGGGAGAUGGGGGAACGGUGGUGGGGGGCUUGCGUUGAUGGGUUUGGGUUUGAUCAUGAUGGUGAGGAUGGCGUCGAGAGUAGAGGAGGAGGAGGAGGAGGAGGAGGAGAAGGAAAGGAGAGGGGAGCGUUUGUGGCGGAUUUGGUCAUGUCUACGAUGCAUGUGUAUAACCAGACGUCUGCGGCGGCGAGGCUGGGUGUGCCGUUGCACCUGUUUGGGAUGAAUCCGAGGAUUUUCUCGAGGGAGGUGCCGCAUUCGCAGGCUGGGUGGGCUUUGAAGGGGCCUAGCCGGUGGAAGAAUGUUUUGUCCUGGUGGGUUCAGGAUUUCAUGUUCCUCGAAGCAAUGAAAUCCGUCAUCAUCGACGUCCGCGUCAACGUAAUGGGCCUGGAGAGCAUGUCCCCCGCCUGGUGGCUGAGCCAGUACAACAGGAUGAACGUCCCCUGCACGUACCUCUGGUCGCCGAGGCUGCUCCCGAAGCCGUCAGACUGGGCGGACAACAUCGACGUCGCGGGAUUUGUAUUCGAGGACGUGCCGUCAGAGUAUACGCCUUCCCCGGAGUUGGCUGCCUUCCUAGAGGCGGAUCCGGAGACGCCGCCGGUGUAUAUCGGGUUCGGGAGCAUGUCGUUUGCGAAUGCGCAGGACGUGUUUGAGGGGAUCUUUGAGGCGGCGAGGAGGGUCGGAGUCAGGGCUGUUGUUGGGAAGGGGUGGUCUAAUCUUGUCAAGGAGGAUGUUGGACGGGGUGGAAAGGGGGAUGACGGCGAGGGUGAGGGUAAUGUCGGGGAUGAUGAGAGGCAGGCGAACGGCGGGGCGGGUGGAAAGAGAGACAUGUCACACAUUUUCAUCCUCGACGAAGCACCGCACGCGUGGCUAUUUUCCCGGGUCAGGGCCGUAGUGUGUCACGGGGGAAGCGGGACGACGGCCAUGGCGCUCCGGAGCGGGCGGCCUACGCUCGUGGUGCCCGUUGCCGGGGACCAGCCGUUUUGGGGCUCGAGAAUCCACGCUGUCGGGUGCGGGCCGGAGGCAAAGUACGGGUUGGCGGAGAUGAACAGCGAGAGGUUCGAGGAAGGGCUGAGGGAGCUUCUGAAGCCGGGGUAUGCGGCUGCCGCGGAGAGGUUUGCGGAUGCUGUGAAGAGGGAGAGGCCUGGGGAGGAGGUUUGUGUUGAGAAGGUGCUUGAGACGGUUAGGGUUUAUGAAAGGGAGGGGAGAUGUGUUGUUUAUGAUGGACGGCCUGCUGUUUGGAGGGUAGCUUCGACGGGGAAGGGAGAGGGAGGAGAGAGGAAGUUGUCUGCUGUUGCGGCGCAUGUUCUUGUUGAGAGUGGGAGGGUUAGGAGGGAGGAUUUGAAGGUGUUGGAGGUGGUCAAGUGGCCUGAUUUGACCGGGCCUGGGGACCCGGUGACGGGGUUGGUUCUUGGUGUGCAAAAUGCGUUUGGGAGUGUUGCUGCCGACGGGAGGACGGGGAGAUGGGGACGGUUUGGACUUCAUGUUUUGAGAGCUCCCCUCACGAUCCUGGCCGCCGUAGCGUUUGGCCUCUUCAACCUACUCGACUUCAUCCUCUACAAACUCGCCUCGCCUUUCGAGCCGAAGCUCUACGCUAGUAACCCGCGGCUGUACUCCUACCCGCGUAUGCUCCUCUUCCUCCUAUCCGCGCCCUUUGUCGAGCUCGCUUCUGUCGUGACGCAGCCGGCGCGUUUCCUGGCGGACGGAAGACAAGGAGGAGAAAAGGGGGCCGGAAGCAGGAGAAGCUUGCUGAGGGUGGUCCUUGAGGUGCCGCUCGCGCUUCUGAGGGUGCUUAUGGCGCUUGCUAAUGUCCUGGUUGGCGGGGUGGGUAUCACGCUACGGCAGCUGGAUCUUUCUUGUGCAAGGGCUAUGGGGGAGAGGCCUGUGGGGGAUGUUGUUGCCGAGGCGAGGAUUCGGCAGGGGAGGGUUGAGGCGGAGGAGUUGAAGGUUGAGGGGGUUGAGAAUGGGAGGGAUUUCAUAGGGGAUAUUGUUAGGAGGUGGGACGAGCGGAAGAAGGCUUGA